GAAAAAAAAAUUCAGAGUCUCUCUCCUCUUAUCUUUUAUCGGUUAGGGUUUUGAAGCAAGGUUUCGCUUGUUCGUCGCGAUUAUCGCCCAUGGCGAAACCAAGCCGUGGCCGUCGUUCGCCUUCCGUCUCCGGGUCUUCAUCUCGGUCCAGCUCCAGAUCUCGUUCGAGUGGGUCCAGGUCUCUUUCCCGUUCGAGAUCGCUCUCUUCUUCUUCGUCUCCUUCGCGGAGCGUCAGUUCAGGGAGUCGUAGUCCUCCACCCCGUGGAAAAAGUUCUGCUGGGACUGCUAGGCGAGGUCGCUCUCCUCCUCCUCCAAAAGGAGCCUCUUCACUCUCUAAGAAAGCCGCACCUAUUCAAGAAUCUCUUGUUCUCCAUGUUGAUUCUCUUAGCAGGAAUGUGAAUGAAGGCCAUCUCAAAGAAAUAUUUGGCAACUAUGGUGAAGUUGUACACGUGGAACUUGCGAUGGAUCGAGCUGUUAAUCUUCCAAAAGGAUAUGCUUAUGUUGAGUUCAAGGCAAGAGCUGAUGCUGAAAAGGCUCUGCUGUUUAUGGAUGGUGGCCAAAUUGAUGGAAAUGUUGUUAAAGCCAAGUUCACACUACCACCGCGUCAGAAACUAUCUCCACCCCCUAAACCUGUCUCAACUGCACCAAAGAGAGAGGCUCCAAAAUCUGAUAGUGCCGCCAUUGAGAAAGUUGGGCCCGGGCGCCCAAGAGAGACUUCUCCAAGAAGGCGAUCACCUCUACCUAGGAAGUUACCUGAUUCUCCCCCUCGCCGGAGGCCGAGCCCUCCUAUCCGCCGUCGUGGUGAUACACCGCCCAGACGCAGGGCAGCAUCGCCACCUAGAGGCCGUUCUCCAUCUUCUCCACCUCCAAGAAGACAGAGAUCUCCUCCAAGGGGCUCCCCUAGAAGAAUCCGCGGCAGUCCUGUUCGAAGACGGUCUCCUCCUCCUCUAAGGCGAAGGUCACCUCCAAGGAGACUACGCAGUCCUCUCAGAAGAUCUCCAAUCCGCAGGCGUAGCCGAUCCCCAAUUCGUAGGCCUGUUUGCUCUCGGUCAAGGUCAAUCUCACCCCGCAGGGGACGAGGUCCAGCUGGGAGACGUGGAAGGUCAUCUUCUUCUUACUCUAGUUCGCCAAGUCCCAGAAGGAUUCCUAGGAAGAUUUCGAGGAGCCGCAGUCCUAAGAGGCCACUGAGAGGAAAAAGAAGCAGCAGUAGCAGCAGCUCACCGCCUUCUCGCAAAACAUAACAAUGUAAUAAAAAAACAUAUUAUCUCUCGGCUGAAGUUUUGCCAGUCAAAUGAGAGUUGUGGCUUUUGUAGUUUUUAUAGUUUUGGAUCUUUUAAGCAUAUUUUGUGCAUCUCCAGCUAUAGAACUGAUUUGGAUUUCAGUAUAGUCUUAUGAGUUAAAGACGAAGAACUGUUUGUUUCUUUUUUUCUCACCAGCGUGUUAAAAAGCAAAGAGAACUUGUUGAAAUGUAAUAAAUGGGAUGAACACGAUCUUGUUAGGUGUUUUUAUUUAUGUCUCA